AUGCUGCAGACCGUCAAGCCGAAGAACGCGCGCUCGAAGCGCGCGCUGGAGAAGCGUGAGUCGAAGGAGCACGAAAAUGCCAAGACAGCCAUCUUCGUCAAGGGCACCAAGACCUCCGAUAAGGUGAAUCUCGCGCUCGCGGAGCUCGCCGCGCUCAAGAAGCCGGAUGCCAUGCCGUUCAACAAGCACAAUGAUGUGCUUCCCUUCGAGGAUGCGUCGAGCAUCGAGUUCUGGGGACAGAAGAAUGACGCGAGUCUCUUCGUCGUGGGCAGCAGCCAGAAGAAGCGGCCUCACAACCUCUGCUGGGUCCGCCUGUUCGACGGCCAGGUGCUCGACAUGCUCGAGAUGGGCAUCGUCCAGGCCACCAGCAUGAACGCAUUCAAGUCGAACAAGCCGAGCAUCGGCAUGCGCCCCCUGUUCCACUUCUCGGGUCCCGAGUUCAGCAUGGACGCCGGCGCUGACCGCCUCGCCGCGGCGGGCGCGGACCCCGAGCCGAAGGGCGCCUACCUGCACCUCAAGUCGCUCCUCCUCGACUUUUACCGCGGCGAGGAGCUCAGCCCGAACAACAUCGCCCUGGGCGGCCUCGAGCAUGUCAUCUCAGUGAGCGUAGCUCCCUCAAGCGGCACACAGGACGCGGCGGCCGGCGCACCCGGCGCGGACGAUCUCGCGAGCCUCUACCGCGCGGCGGGCCUGCCCACGCAGGUGACCGGUGCCAGCGCCGUGCACCGCUGCCCGCCGUGCACCAUCCUGUUCCGUGUGUAUGCUGUCAAGAUGCUGGCCUCCGGCACGAAGACGCCGCGCAUCGAGCUGGAGUUGUGCGGGCCGUCGCUCGACUGGGAGCUGCGCCGCCGCCUACCGGCCAGCAUGGACCGCAUGACGCAGGCCCUCAAGCGCCCCAAGUCAGCUGAGCAGAAGAGCACGCAGGGCAAGGGCAAGCGCAAGAACAUCGACACGGACGAGAUGGGUGACAUGGUCGGUCGCGUACACUUGGGCCGCCAAGAUCUCUCGUCGCUUCAGGUCAAGAAGGCCAAGGGCUUGCGUGGCGCGCCUGCGUUCGACGACGAGGAUGAGCAGCCCUUGGAGGAGGAAGACGACACUGAAGAAGACGAUGCAUAG